CUCUCACAGGAAGCAGGUUGUAGCGGGUCACCAGGACCAGGAUCCGGACGCUGCUCAGAGGACAGAGAUGCAGUCUGCUGAUCUGGACCGGACUCCCCGGUCCCUGCUGGUCUGUGAGCGGUCCAGCUUCCUGGAUGAGAAGAACCGGCUGAGCUCUCAGGUGGAGCAGCUGCACUUCAACCACAAGGUGUCUGUGCUGCUGCCUGAGUGUAGCUCCGCCCCCUCUCACCUGGACGCUGCAUUAAACAGUUUCAGCAGUUUCUACCUGAUCAGGAAGCUGCCAGUAUACGAACUGCUGGACAAACACUUCCUGGAGACGGCCGUUUACCAGGGUAGUGUGUACGGUGUGUCAUACAGGACCAGGGUGGAUGAAGAUCCCUGCGUCGCUCUGACGCCAAACGGUCACCUGACUCUCUCUCUGGAUAAAGACUCGUAUGAGUUGUUGGGAGUUGAAGGGAAACCGUCCAGAUUCAACCACAGAGCAAAGUGCAGAUUCGUGGUAUCUAUUAAUUUGACUGACAGCAGCAUGGCUCCUGGUGGGCGGGGCUACCAGAGACUCCUCACAGGCCUGAAGUCACGACUUCUACUGAAAACAGACUUCCUGCUGACACAUCAUCCCGGGGGCGGGGCCUCUCUGCAGCCCCUCCUGUCUCGUUACGAUUGGUCGGAGCACAGACCUGAGGUCAGCAGCCGCACUUUGACAGACCUGUCCUGCCCCGCCCUGCUGACCUCUGACCUGCAGUCACGUGACCCUCAUAGCUUCCUGGAGUGGCUCGGAGCCGUGGAUGCCGACGUCAGCUGCGAGAAUUCGUCCAGCAGCUUCCUGUCCUCGCUGGUCUGUCCUGAGCCGAAGACAACGCUGAGUCGAGCUCUGAGCGUCUCUGUCUGCGGACUGCUGCUUCCUCAGGACGUCCACGGCCUCAUCCAGCAGCUCAGGAGGUACCUGGAGCAGCCUCGGUUGGAGUCCUGGGUGUCGCUGACGGUUCACGGUUUUGUUGACAGUCCGGUGUCGUGGGGGGGCAACGAGCACGGGGUCCUGAGAGGAGGAGAGAACUUCUACAGUCUGCUGCUGUUCCACGACCACACCUACCACCUCCACCUGGCUACAGGGGCCCAGGACGCCUGUCCCCCGUGACCACACCUACCACCUCCACCUGGCUACAGGGGCCCAGGACGCCUGUCCCCCGUGACCAUACCUACCACCUCCACCUGGCUACAGGGGCCCAGGACGCCUGUCCCUCAUGACCACACCUACCACCUCCACCUGGCUACAGGGGCCCAGGACGCCUGUCCCCCACGAGGACGCCAGCUGGUUUCAGUGUUGUCACCUCUUUGGUGUGUUUUGCAGUUUAAACCGAUUGCAGCUCACUUUGGAUUAAAAUGCCUCAGACUUUUAUUUGUGAGCGGAAAUAUUUUAUUUGAGGUGAAAGCAGAAACUUUCUGAAAGUGUCGCUUUGAAUUCUUGUCAUCUGGAUCAGAGUUCUGUGAAUCUGUGAUCGUUUGUGUUCAUCUGAAUCUGAUUUAUUAAAAGGCUCUUUGUAAAAAGUC